GCGUGGAGAGAGGACCACCAGAGACGCAGAACAGCUGGUGUGGACCAGGAGAGGAUGGAGCGCGAAUCAAAUGCAAUGCAGCCGAUGUGUAGAUCUGGAUGUGGGUUCUACGGUAAUCCGGCACAGGAUGGAUUAUGUUCAGUUUGCUACAAAGAUUUGCUCAGAAAGAAGCAACAGCCACCGGUUAGCAGUACGCCUUCCAGCAACAAUGCACCUCAAACACCUGCAUCUGGCCAGUCGGUAACAGCGUCCUCAAUUAGCAGCAUCCGUCCCGUCGUGACAUCGCAAAGUUUUGCCAACAGCAUUGGUAGUAUCAGCACAACAACCACUUCAGCCUCUGCUUCAGCAUCAGCCGCAUCGCCAUCGGCGUCGUCCUGUGCCGCUUCCGCCAACAAUCCGGUAGUUUCCGCUACCUACACAGCACAACCUACCGUGCACAGUGCCCUAUUUUGCUCGGACAAGGAUAACGAGAAUGGAUCUUCCGAUAAUGGUGUAAUCAUUGCCUAUGAUGAUAAUUUUUCUGAUGAAAGUAUUGACGAAGAAGAAGAUGAAAUUGAUGAUGAAGAUGAGUAUUUUUAUGAAAUUGAAUUGGUCAACGAACCUUGUUCCGCUUUGGACAAAGAGCAGCAGGUGCUGGAUGACGAACCGCACGAUUUAUUGUUCGGUAAAGAUUCGGUCAGUGAUUCGGAAGAAGCAGACCGACGUACAAUGUUUAACAUGUCGUUUGAUGAUGAAUCGUGUGAGGAGACAGGACAUUCCUGUACUCGCACCGAAGAAUCUAGAGUUGAAGCACUGCCGGUGCCGAAAACGAAAACGAUCAUGCCCGUGCCCGGUGAAGUUGUGAAUGUUAGGAAACGGAAAAUUAACACUGAGGACAGUGGUAGCCUUGGCGGACACAGUAAUAACAGUUCCAUAGCUGAUAACGAAGACAAAGAUGGUGAUAAGGAUGACGCCAAGAAGAAGAAGAACCGUUGUGCAACUUGCCGUAAGAAAGUAGGAUUAACCGGAUUCGAGUGCCGAUGUGGAGGUCUCUUUUGCGCGAUACAUCGAUACAGCGAUAAGCACGAAUGUUCGUUCGAUUACCGAGAACUCGGUGCAGCAGAAAUUAGGCGUAAUAAUCCCGUCGUAGUUGGCGAAAAGAUUCAGAAAAUUUGAACACCCUUCGUGCCAUCGUAUCGUAAUAGUUUUCGUCACAAAACAGUGCAGCAGCAUCCAUCGUGCGGCGGCGCAGCACCGGUCACCAAGUCUUUACAGUCACAACACCACCACCACCACCACCACUAAGAAGCAUAUGCAGUCAUAUGUGUCGCGUUAAAUUCGUAGCAUUUUCUUCUCGAC